UCUUCGUUAGAGUCUCUCCGCUUCGAGAUAGAAAUGUCGUAAGGUUGGAGAGGCAAACUCUGAGUUUGCGACCUUAGGUCUCACUUUCCGGCCAGUACAGAGAUCCCUGAAGGCUGGUUGGGUUGGUGAGGCCUGAGGAAUAGCUUCUGGGAUUUCUGAGAAGCCCUGCUCAAUACAACAUGGACCCUGUAGUCUUGAGUUAUAUGGACAGUCUACUUCGACAGUCAGAUGUCUCACUAUUGGACCCUCCAAGCUGGCUCAAUGACCAUAUUAUUGGGUUUGCCUUCGAAUACUUUGCCAAUAGUCAGUUUCAUGAUUGCUCGGACCAUGUCUGCUUCAUCAGCCCCGAAGUCACCCAGUUCAUUAAGUGCACCAGCAGCCCUGCAGAAAUUGCCAUGUUCCUUGAACCCCUGGAUCUUCUGCACAAGAGAGUUGUAUUUUUAGCCAUCAAUGAUAAUUCCAACCAGGCAGCUGGGGGCACCCACUGGAGUUUGUUGGUUUAUCUCCAAGAUGAAAAUAGCUUCUUUCAUUAUGAUUCCCAUAGCAGAAGCAACUCAAUCCAUGCAAAGCAGGUAGCAGAGAAACUGAAAGCCUUCUUAGGGAGUAAAGGAGACAAACUGGUCUUUGUGGAAGAGAAAGCCCCAGCUCAACAAAACAGCUAUGACUGUGGGAUGUACGUGAUAUGUAACACUGAGGCCUUGUGUCAGAACUUCUUUAGACAACAGCCAGAAUCCCCACUGCAGCUACUCACCCCGACAUACAUCACAAAGAAGAGGGGAGAAUGGAAAGAUCUAAUCGCCAGGCUUGCUAAAAAAAAGAAGUAGCUACUGAAGAAUGCCUAUGAUGUUUGAAGUCUCCUCUUUCUGCCCUUCCCUAUGGUGACAGCCUCAGUGCCUGAGGGAAAAACCACCAGAUGAAACUUUACUAUUCCUACUUCUUUGUUUUCUUGAAAAAAAUGUCAUCCUCUGCAUUAUCUGAAUGGGAAGUUUCACUUUAACCCUGAGGGGAGCAGUGCAUUCUGUGAAAACUUCUUAAACUUAAGUACCAGAACCUUAGAGAGAGAGAGAGAGAGAGAAGAAAACUUCAUUACACAGUUUCAAAUAAGAGUCUUCUUUUCUUGUUACUUUCCCUUUGGUCCCACCCCCACAUUGGCUUAUUCUAAAGGAAAAGCAGUGUUCCAAAGCAAACCUAUGACGUACGGAAUCAGAAGACAACAGAAGCAAAAUCUUGUUGCACACCCAUAGUGAGAAGUGUCUCACUAGAAGUGGAUCAUGACCUAACUCCAUUUAGGGCCUUCAUAUUAUAAAAAUAAGGCAUUCUCUGAUGCAAAGGCUUUCCCAUCUGCAAAUAUUUAAUAAAAAUGACUUUAGCCCA